GUGCUGAAUACUGCAUGUGGUCAAGGAGCUCAAGACUCAUUGAAGUCGAGUUUGUCUGGCACCGUCUAACGUAAUGGGUAGCUCACCGUUGGUGACGCGUCCUCCUUUUCGGCGUUGGGCUCACCUAGUCCUGUUUACCAUCGCACUCGUCUACAUCUUCCUUUUCCAUUCCUCCAUCUUUUCGGCGUUAUCUCAAUCCAGCCCACAAGAGUUCGCCCGUCGCUCCCAGAUCCUCUCCAAAUGUGCCUACAUACGUGCUAAGCCCGGGCCUCCACCCAAUUUCCAUGCCCGCACCCAGAGUGACCGCCUCGCAGAUUCAGAGAACACGACUCCCGUUCUUGUGCCCGCCAAUGACGGGCACGAGGUUCUCACUGGUGACCUCCUCAUGCACCGCGGUCUUAUCAAAGCCAUCGGGGAUGUUCCUCUUUCUCUGAUUCGGCAGCUUGAGUUAAAUAACAGGAAAUUGGAGGUUAUCGAUGCUCACGGAGCGUGGGUCACCCCUGGCAUUGUGGAUUUACACUCCCAUAUCGGUGUCGGUAGUUUGCCUCAACUAAAUGGUGCGGGCGACACGAACUCUCGUAAGGCCCCCAUCUUGCCCUGGUUACGCAGUAUCGAUGGAUUGAACACCCAUGACGCGUCAUAUGAACUCGCCAUAGCUGGAGGCGCAUUCAUAAUAAAGCUUCGUCCUACAGCUGAACGUUCGCCUUCUUCCAUGCUCCUUGAGCCUCCCCGCACGCUCAAUGGCUCUCACUUUGACCACACUCUCACGCCCCGCUGGCGACACAUGAAGUCUACAUGCAUGUGGUAUGUUCCGGAAGACACCUCGUUGUACCCCUCGCUCAUUCACUCACAAGGUGAAAAUCCCUCUCGUGUCUAUGGCAUGACGCGCCUUGACUCUGGAUGGAACUUCCGCGCCGCCUACGAUAGUGCCCGAAAGCUGCGUGACGCUCAAGACGAUUUCUGUGCCAAAGUAGAGUCUGAUUCCUGGGAUGACCUUGCGGGGAAGACAUUCCCUGAAGAACUGCAAUGGGAAUCCCUUGUCGAUGUGCUCCGCGGACGCGUGAAGCUUGCCGUGCACUGCUACGAGGCGGUUGAUCUCGACGGAAUCGUCCGCCUUACAAAUGAGUUUGAGUUCCCCGUGGCGUCAUUUCACCAUGCUGGGGAAACGUACCUCGUUCCGGAGUUGUUGAAGAAGACAUGGGGUGGCACACCUGCCAUCGCGCUCUUUGCAUCCAACUUCCGGAAGAAACGCGAGGCAUAUCGAGGAUCGGAGUUCGCUCCGCGGGUGCUGGCGGAGCAUGGAAUCGACGUUGUUAUGAAGUCUGAUCACCCUGUUGUCAACUCCCCCGCCCAAGCGCACUAUUAUGGCCUCGACCCCGCACUCGCGCUCCUUUCCGUUACGUAUACUCCUGCUGUUGCUAUGGGGAUGGGCCAUCGGAUUGGGAUGCUGAGACCAGAUGUUGUGAUCUGGUCUUCCCACCCGCUUUCGCUUGCUUCAACGCCCACCCAGGUCUACAUCGACGGUAUCCCCCAGCUCUCCCUUCCCGGCCACUAUAUUGCCAAGGGACCCACCACGCCUCCACGCACGCCCAAUUUCGACUCAGAGAAGUUGGCAGCGGUCGCGCACGAGGGUAUUCCCCCUCUUGAGCCUCGGAGCGUCCACAGUGUGAUGUUCGUGAAUGUGUCGGGGCUUUAUAUGAGAGGUGAUGACUCGAGUGGGGUGAUGCGUGUUUCCGAGCAGGCGGGAUUGGUGGGCGUGGAAGAUGGCCGAGUGGUGUGUGUUGGUCAAUGCUCGGAUUUUGCAGAAGGGGACGUCGAUAUCGUGAACCUUGAAGGCGGUGCGAUCACACCUGGACUGACGAGCUUCGGUGCGCCACUGGGGCUCGUGGAGAUAAGGCUUGAGCCGAGCACGAAUGAUGGAAGUGUUCAUAACCCUCUCGACGGAGAUUUGCCCGCCAUAUUGGGUGACACGAUCAUGAGAGCACAAGAUGGGCUCAUGUUUGGUGGUCAGAAUUUGCUACUAGCCUAUCGCAGCGGCGUCACAACAGCCAUCACUGCGCCCUCUGGGACCUUCCUGCAGGGCAUAUCUACUGCAUUCUCACCUGGAGCUGCGCAUGCGGGCGUGGAAAAUGCUAGCAUUGUUGAUGAGGUCGCAUUGCAUGUGGGCAUAAGCAUGUCUUCAAGGGUAAGCGUGAGCACGCAGAUAGCAGCACUAAGGAACAUGUUAUUUGGGGAGGGUGGGGAUAAAGUACUCAGGAGCGUUAGAAAGGGUAAAACCACGCUCGUUGUUGACGUUGAGAGCGCAGACAUAAUGGCGACACUGCUUCGGCUCAAGGAUGAGUAUGAGGCUCAUUCCGGCAGGGAGCUUCGUAUGACCUUCGCAGGGGCGACCGAGGCUCAUAUCCUUGCGCACGAGAUUGCGAGGGCGGGCGUUAGCGUGAUCGUCACGCAGAGCAAGCCAUUCCCGUCAACGUGGGAGCAGCAGAGGAUACUUGCUGGCCCACCGAUCACGCAGGAGAGUCUGGUCACUGCGCUGUUGAAGGCCGGCGUCAAUGUAGCUAUUGGUGUUGUUGAAGAGUCCAGUGCCCGGAAUACACGUUUCAAAGCCGGUUGGUUCCUCCUCACAUCCAAUGGUUUUAUUGAUCGCACGACGGCUCUCGCGCUUGCCACGACAAAUCUCGAGAAGGCGCUCGGAGUGCAGAGGGACAUGCCUCAGGACCUUGUGGCAUACCGUGGCGGGGAUGUGUUUGAGUUUGAAGCCAAGGCGGUGGGAGUUAUAUCGGAAACGUUGGGGCGGAUAGAUUUAUUUGUGUGAUCAGUGAUCAGAGCGAGGAUCUCAUUCGUAGGCUGUACUUCAUCAUAGGAACGGAUGUA